ACCCUGCUCUGGCGCAAAUGCUGGGAAAAAAAAGAGUUAAUAAUUAUAAAUAUAAAGUGCAGUUUUUAGUCAUUUUAAUUGAAUGUGGUGCGAGGCAAUGGUCGAGAACAUGUUGAGUUCACCACACACGUGCACAUUUUGUGUGGGAAAAUUCAGUUAAUAAAACUAACUAACAGACAACACUGACAAAAACACACUCACAUACACAGAUACAGAAGCACAGGUCUCUCAUGUGUAUAUGUAUAUGUAUACACACAUGGCGUUUGCGUAGGAGGUAGCAAAAUAACAAUAACAGCAAAGUCAGUAGAAGAGAAGGAGCAGCAAAAGAAACAGCAGCAGCAGCAGUAGCAAAACAAAGCCCAAGUCUUACCAUAUGUUCGAUGCGUCAGUGCAUCAAAGUGGCCAAAUCGGAUCCAGUGCCAAUGUCAAUGCUAUAGUGACUCCACCCAACCACCACAAAAUCUCAUACCAAUUUUAUUUAUCUCAGAGAUAGGUGUCAAGUUUAGGCAAAAACUGGAGACUAAAUCAUUUUUCCAUUUCAAAGUAGUCGCAAUAGCACCAACUCUAAAUUCAAGUGGCGGGAGUUAAAGGAGACAUUUGUGGUGCUGGGCUGGGCCGGGGGUGGUAGUAAAGUGUGUGCGUGCGAGCGAGCGAGAGAGAGAGAGAGUGAAAAAAUAAAUAUUGAAACGCCCGCACUAUGGGCAAUUGCCUGAAAUGCUUCCAAUCUUCUGCCGAACCAACGUUGCCAACAACCUCAGCGUCUCCAAAUUCAGCAGUGAACAAUAUUCACAGCCAAAACCACAGUCUGGACAAUUGCUACGAAACCGUGGUCGGACAUCAUCAUCAUCUUCAUCAUAAUAAUCAUCAACAACAUCCCAAUGCCAACGAGCGUUGUGCCCGUGAAACGGAUGAACUGCUCUCUAGCCGAACUCCACUCAAGCCAGCAAAAGCAAAUAAUUGUGAUACUAAGCGUAAUAGUUUUAAGUCUCUAGGUUUGCUUAAUGGAAGUGCACCAACCAUGAGCGACAUCAUCACAACUGCAGUUAAGGAAUCAUUGGAGGUGUCACAUCAGACGCUGAAUAAACUUUUCGAAAUCUAUAAGGAUCCAGAUGAUGAUGAACUGAUACUAACCGAUGGCAUUGAACGUUUGUGCAAUGAUCUUAACUAUCAGCCGGAUGACUUUGCAAUACUCGUCCUAGCCUGGUGCCUGGAUGCCUCACAAAUGUACCGUUUCACAAAAACGGAAUUCAUUGAUGGCCUGCACAAGAUGCGGGCGGAUAACAUAGCCAACAUACGUUUACGAUUAGAGCAAACAAUUGAGAUGCUCAAAGUAGAUGCGGAGAUGUUUAAGCAAUUAUAUCGGUUCACCUUUCGCUUUGGCCUGGAGCCGGAUCAGCGGGUUUUGCCGCUGGAAAUGGCCAUUGAUUUAUGGAAACUUGUGUUCACUGUACAAACACCUGAUCUCUUUACCAACUGGAUAAACUUCCUGGAAAAACAUCCGAAUAUACGCCGCAUACCGAAGGAUACAUGGAACAUGUACCUCAAUUUUACGGAACAAUGUGAUAUAGAAAAUUAUGACGAUACGGAAGCGUGGCCCAGUCUUUUCGAUGAUUUUGUCGAUUAUGAGAAGACACGUGCGCUGGAAUUAACGCUAUCCGGUAUUCAUCAUCAUCAUGAACAACAUCAGCAACAGCAGCAGCAGCAGAACCAUCACCAUCAAUACCAUCACGAUGAUGACAAUAACAAUGAUGAUCCACUGAUGCAGAGUCAUGUCAAGGAUGGUUUGGCUGGCGGCGAUUUGCGUCAUCAUGUGUCGUAGUAUUCGCUUUCAAUGCGUCAAUAGAAAUUAUAUAUACAAAAAUUGUAAAUUUUUUCAAAAAGGAAAAAGAGUUUAAUAUUCAUUCAUUUGCUUGCUAUAUACCAUAACUCUAAACACCCACACCCAUUCCCCUACCCAACACCAAUCCACUCCAGCAGUGAUGCGGUGCUGGCGCUGCUCCAAAACUCUCAUUGCGACCAGCAAACAUAAAAUUAAACAUUAAGCUUGCAAUCAUUUUUUACAAGGACUCACAACCACACACACUCACACACACACACACACACACACACACACAACUUAGCAGACGCAUUUCGUAUAAUAAUUAAAGACUUAUUCGGAAAAAAGCUCAA